AUGCAAAAAUUAUUGACUGUGUGCACUUGUUGCGAGCGUUUUAAUUGCUCUAGAGCCCGCCCUCCUUCGUUUCCUCUAUUCCUUCAUCAUGAAUAUUUUGCCCAAAAAGAGGUUAUCCUAUAUUCGGCCCUUCACUUAUAUGUUAGGUGGCAUGUCCGAACGAAAGAAAAUAUAGCCAGGGUUCGUCAGGAUGAAGCUAUUCAUUCUGAAAAACUUGAGCAAGAUCGGCUUAGAUCAUUACUUGCGGACCAAGAAGCCAGGACGGAUUACUUGCGCGUCAAUAGCACAAAGAAAAUUUUUGGCGCAGAUGAUGCUGGACUUGGCGGACUAAACUUAUUUAGAGAUGUUGAGGAAGGCCUUAACCGGAAGGUUUCAAAUGUCGACUUUGAAAAAGAAAAAAAGGAAGAAAAAGAAAAGAAAGAGAAAGCGAUUGGUCUAUUAACCUAUUUGGGUCAGAGUGUCCUGGAUUCAAAGGGUACUCACCCAUGGUGGCUCGAGUCAAAGAGUAAACUCAUUCCUGAGGCUAAGACUGAGCAUGAAAGAUUAAAAGCAGAAUUGGAGGCAAAGAAAAAGACGCUCGCCGAUCCUUUAACCUUAAUCGCACAUAUUGGAGAGAAAUUCGCUAGCAGACGUGAGGCUGUUAGAGCCAAGGAGGAGGCUGACGCAAGGCGCGCGUCGGCUCAUCUUACUGCCAGUAUGCCCUCUCUAUUUGCUGAUGACAUAAAUGUUCCUACUUCCAAACAGCAAGCCCAGCUUCCAUCGUCUGUGGCUAGCAUCUCAGACGAGUAUUUUCGACUCGAAAACCCGAAUAAUGCAGACGACAGUGAUUCAUCCAGCCAAAGAAGUUCUAAGAAACGACACAAAAAAAGCAAGAAACAUGAACAUAAAAAAGAGCAAUUGUCAGGGAAAAAAAGAACUCGAGAUGAAUUUUCAGGUGACAUUUUGUCUUGUCGCAAAAAAACUCGGCGAAAAAAAAAUCGAUCCAGCUCUGACUCUAGUGAGAGUAUAAAGGCAGCUCAGGUUACUGCUUAUCCCAUCGUUGCUACUGGACCAGACCUUACUAAUACAUGCAUAGAUAAUUCAUCCGAUGGUAGGGCUGACCAGCAACUAAAUGCCCUCGAUCGAAUGCGCUCCGAGAGAUUGGCUCGAGAGCGCCGCGAACGCGAGCGCGCUGCUCUCGUUAUGUCCCGAGCCAUGGGUUUGACAGAGAUAUUAGAAGCACAAGCUGCUCGUGAGGCUGCUGCCAGUGCCUCAUUACCAGAUGAGCGAAGUCUUCCCUUUAAUUCGGCCUUCAAUCCAGACCUUGCAGCUUCGGCAGCAGAACGACGUCAGAGAGAGCGUGAUCUCAGGCGUAGUCGUCAAAUAUAG